AUGUUUUACAUCGCCACGUCCGGGCGGGUGCAGCUGGACCACGACGAGGUGAACGCGCUGUUUUGCAAGCGCGAAAAGCGGCAAGCCGCGGAGUGGCUGCUGAACGAGGAGGAGCUGUCCAAGUACGGCAUCACGGCGACGCAGCUCGCGCAGACGUUCGAGGGCCCUCCGAGCUGCAGCGCGAGCGGGUACCCGCGAGGCACGCCGCUCAUCGUUCCCACGGACGUCGAGCUCGACGCCGGGAACAUUCCCUCGGCGGCGGCGGCGGCGGCGGCGGCAAACGCGGCCGCCGCCGCGCGUCAAGCGGCGCAUCAACAGAGCGGCGGACGCGGGGGCGACGCCGCGGGGGGGGGCGGCGGCGUCGACGAGAAGUAUCGGACCCACGGCGCUGCUGGGCCCGCGCGCGCGCCGCAGCACCCGGGCGACCCGUACGCGACCCCCGGACCGGGCGGCGGCGUGAGUCAACACGGAGGACAUUUUCCCGUCGCGCAGGCGUAUCACCCGCACCACGUCGCCGCGCGCGCGGCGGCGGCGGCGGCGCACGCGGCGCAGUACGGCGGCGGCCACCACGCGAUGAAGAGCCAACAACAACACGGCGGCCCGCCGGGUCACGGUCCGGGGGGCGUGCCGAUGAUGCACGGCGGCGGGGGGAUGAUGUACGGACAGCCUCUUCCGUACGGUAUGUAUCCCGGCGCGUACGGACCCGGCGGGAUGGGUCCCGGACCCGACGGGAUGAUGAUGGGGCCCGGAACGGCCCUCAUGAUGGGGCCCGGGGGCCCCGGAGGACCGAUGGGCGGUCCCCACGGCGGGCCCGGAAUGUACGCGCAUCACGGCGGUCCCGGUCCGUUCGUGGGGCACGCGGCGAUGCACGACGCGAGGGCGCCGCACCCGGGCACGGUGCCGCAUCACGCGGGGGGGCACCACGCGGGGGGGCACGCGGCGGCGGGGGGCAGCGGCCCGCGGAGGCAGUACAGCAGCGAUCUGUCGCGGUUGAUGUCGGAGUUCAAUAAUAACCCCGGGUCGAGCGACGAUUUUUUGAAGUCGUUCUUGCAGAGGACCGCGAGCGAGCUGGACUUCAUGGCGCAAGGGCAGGAUUCCUCGGGCGGGACGAAGUCGCAGGGGUCGUGACGCGCGCGCGACGGCGGUGGAGAUGAUUCAUUUUUUACGAAGUCGCCCUCCGGGCGCGAAAGCGGUUCCGCCGCUCGAAUUAGAUCGACGACGACGACGACGACGACGACGACGUUUUACCACGAGACGUGUAUACACAACACAGAAUAGAAUACAAUACACUCGGAAGUAUUUCCGUACUU